CACAAGCAGGGCCCAUCCACUCGUGCCCAUGACUGUGACGUACAGCAAUCGUGUUGCAGAUGCCCGACUCGGUACCUUCUCUCGCUUGCUCCUUCGUUGGCGUGGCAGCAUCUACAAACUGCUGUACAGGGAGUUCCUCAUCUUCAUCAGCUGUUACUUCAUCAUCAGUGUCACGUACAGGUUUCUGCUCAAUGAACAGCAGCGGAUUUAUUUUGAGAAGCUGGCAUUGUACUGUGAUAACUAUGCAGAGCUGAUUCCUGUGUCAUUUGUAUUAGGUUUCUAUGUCACCCUGGUGGUCUCUCGCUGGUGGGGACAGUAUGAGAGUGUCCCGUGGCCAGACCGCCUGAUGUGCCUGGUGUCCAGUAAUGUACAUGGAACGGAUGAGAGAGGAAGGAUGCUCCGCCGGACCCUCAUGAGAUAUGCCAACCUGACUGGGCUGCUCAUCCUGCGCUCAGUUAGCACCGCAGUCUAUAUGAGGUUCCCCACCCUGCAGCAUGUUGUGAAUGCAGGUUUCAUGACCCCUACGGAACGCUCAAAGUUUGACGGCCUGGUCUCCUCACACAACAAGUUCUGGGUGCCAUGUGUAUGGUUUGCCAAUCUGGCAGUCACAGCAAGGAGCGAGGGGAGGAUCCGGGACAAUGUUGUACUCCAACUUAUCCUCAAAGAGCUAAAUUCUCUGAGGACACAAUGUGGCAGGCUGUAUGGCUAUGACUGGAUUAGUGUCCCACUGGUAUAUACCCAGGUGGUCACAGUUGCUGUGUACAGCUUUUUCCUGGCUUGCCUGAUUGGCCGACAGUUUCUAGAUCCUCAGAAAGGGUAUCCAGGGCAUGAUAUGGACCUGUAUGUUCCGGUCUUCACCCUACUACAGUUUUUUUUCUAUGCUGGUUGGUUAAAGGUAGCGGAACAGCUCAUCAACCCCUUCGGCCAAGAUGAUGAUGACUUUGAGACCAAUUGGCUAAUUGAUAGGAACCUGCAGGUCUCUCUGUUAGCAGUGGAUGAGAUGCACCAAGAUGUCCCUCCUCUAGAAAAGGAUAUCUACUGGAAUGAUUCUGACCCCCAGCCACCAUACACAGCAUCCACUGUGGAAACCCGUAGGCCAUCUUACCAGGGUUCUGCAUUUGACAUUAGUUUGCAGAAAGAGGAUCUUGAAUUCCAGCCUCUUGAACAAAUCAAUGAGAAUGAGGAGGCCAAUCACUCCACCCCACUUCUGGGGCCACUUGGAAGACUGCUGGGUGUCAACUCCCCAGGCCCUCAACGUUCAACCUCCCGCCUGAGCCUGCUGAUGAGGAGAAGAAAUAGGGGCCCAGCUGGCGUUCCUCAUUUUAAUCAACGGGACCCUGGCAACAUAAAGUGUGGUGAAGCCCUCCGCGAUCUCAACGUGUUUAUGUCCACUCCUUAUUAUGAGAGGCCAGGGUUUUAUAGCGCUCCCCAGACUCCACUUAACGGGGGCCCUACAGUUUGUCCACCUCGUUUUUCUACACAUGGAAACACAACUGUGUUUACUACACAUUGGGCUAGAAAAAAAGUGCCCAUGGGUGAGGUCGCAAUGGAAUCCUCAAGUCUAUCUCCUGGAUCCAAGAACUGCUUUGUGUGGCCGCCGGGAAGCAUGGAAGAAGAUGUGGAAGGAGUUAUAAGUAAUGGUGAAAGUGUCACCACCUUGCAAUCAGAACAUUCAGGGAAUCUGCAAAGCACCGUACAGGUUCCCAGUAAGUUACCCAGGGCCCUGCGUCUCUCUUCUUUGAUUCAGGGGAAUUCUGCCCAGGCUUCACCUGAUGCCUUACAGACACCAGGACAUCGAGCACCUCAUUCCAUCUUCUCUUUUUCUCCUGUUACCUCUCCAGUUCUCCAGAGGGCAUCGCUUGCUAGGCCGGGACAGUCAGAUGGAGAAAGUGAAAUGAGCAACAAAGAGCAGCACAAAGCCCAGUGCCCCUCCUCCAAGGACUCUGGCAUUAGUCUGGCAGAAGGGGAUUUUACCGACCUAAUGGAAGUCAUAAUGGAGGAUGGGGAGAUUUCAGAGCAAUCUGAAGAAAAGAGUGGUUAAUAAAAGUAAUGCGAGUCUGUUUGGGAAAAAUAGAGAAACUCAAUACUUUCACUUGAAUUCAUACAGUAUUGAUCAUUGUAUAAUAUAU